ACGCAAAUUUGCUGUUUGUGGAGUCUCCUGUGGGCGUGGGCUUCUCUUACACGAAUACAAGUUCUGAUUUACAGCAUUUGGGAGAUGCCGUCACGGCAAAUGAUUCCUACGCAUUUCUGGUGGGCUGGUUCAAGAGGUUUCCACAGUACAAGCCCUUCGAAUUCUAUAUAGCUGGAGAAAGCUAUGCAGGACAUUAUGUCCCACAACUUGCUAAUAAAAUAUUUGAUGCAAACAAAGAAGCAAAGGAGAAUUAUAUCAAUUUCAAAGGCUUCAUGAUAGGAAAUGCAUUGAUGGAUGAUGAGACGGAUCAGACGGGUAUGAUUGAUUAUGCGUGGGAUCAUGCCGUCAUCUCCGAUCAGGUAUACCGAGAUAUCAAGAUAACGUGCAAUUUCAGUAUAGAACACGACAACGAUUCUUGUAGUGCUGCGCUGGAUAGAUAUUUCCAGGUCUACAAUAUAAUCGACAUGUACAGCUUGUAUGCUCCUGUAUGUGUGGAAAAAAACACAGCCAAAAGAUUUACUAUGAUUGAAGGCGUCGCUCCUAAGCUCUUCUCGAAAUAUAGAGAAUGGCAUCAGAAGCCUGCAGGUUAUGAUCCUUGCGUCGAAACUUAUACAGAAAUAUACUUCAACAGGCCAGAUGUGCAAGAAGCUCUGCACGCAAAUAUCACAAAAUUAGGCUACAACUGGACUCAUUGCAGUGAUGCCAUCGAAAAAUGGAAUGAUGCGCCUGCCUCCGUACUGCCUAUCAUAAGAAAGCUCAUUAAUGGUGGCAUCAGAGUUUGGGUUUACAGCGGAGACACUGACGGUAGGAUUCCAGUAACCUCAACAAGAUUAACCCUUCGUAAGCUUGGCUUGAACACUACUCAGGAAUGGAAACCUUGGUACAACAGGCAGCAGGUAGGUGGUUGGACAAUCAUCUUUGAUGGACUAACUUUUAUAACAGUUCGAGGUGCUGGGCACCAAGUUCCAACGUUUGCUCCAAGGCAAGCACAGCAGAUUGUAUCACACUUCUUAGCUAAUCAACAAUUGCCUUCAUCCUCGUUUUAGAUUUCAUCGUUCCUCUCAAUUUUCCAUAAUUUAAAACCGUUGUCAAGGGGAUUAAGAUUAAUCUCCCAAUAGCUUGUUUCCAAAAUAAACGUGUUGGUUGUAACUAAAAAGAAUGGAACAGAAAAAGCUUAUUUGGAUGUCUUUUUAGUUGUUA